ACAGCAGCAUCCAGCUCUCUGAGAGGAGGAGGGGGCAGCACAAACCCAGCUGGCCAUAUUCUACAGCAGCUCCUCGUAAAUCGGCUGCGUCACAUCUUAAACACACGGCUGGAAGCGUAAAGAGGGAAACACACCGCUUUACAACGCGUCUCGGCUGAGUUGGGGGAAAAAUGGUUAAAUUGGGGAAUAAUUUCACGGAGAAAACCAACGGGAAGGUGGUUUCUGAGGACGGCUUUGACACCAUCCCUCUCAUUACACCUCUAGAUGCCAGUCAGCUGCAGUUUCCACCACCUGAUAAGGUGGUGGUGAAGACCAAGGCAGAUUACGAUGGCGAGAACAAGAAGGGAAAMCUACGAUCCCCCAAAAUCGCAGAGUUCUCCAUCAGCAUCAUUGAAGGUGUAUCUGAGAGACUCAAAGUGACCUUGCUGGUGAUCUGUGCCCUGGCUUUCCUGGUUUGUGUGGUGUUUCUGGUCGUCUACAAGAUCUACCAGUACGAGCAGCCGUGUCCCGACAGCUUUGUGUAUAUGCAGGGUCGCUGCCUGCCAGCUGGGUUGUAUGGAAACUACCCCCCUCAGGGUCCUGGGGGCCGUGGACGUCUCUUUACCUUCAUUAACCACUACAACAUGGCCAAGCAGACGAUCACUCGGUCGGUAUCGCCAUGGGUGACCAUCAUGUCCGAGGAGAAGGUAACCCAGCAAGAGACGGAGACGGCCCAGAAACUGGCCUAACCUACCUGGGAUCAGGAGGUGGUCUCCAGUACUGCAGAAGGGGGGAAAAAGGAAAAAUAAAAAUCUGGUUGUGCCAAUCAGGCAAACAUCGAGUCCCGUUGCUUUUUGUGGAUGAAAAAAAAAAAAUUACAAAGUUAAUUUAUCUUGCCUGAGGUGCUAUGCUGCCUUGUUGAUGUAGUUUGGUCAGCUGGUGUACAGUAGCUGGAAAUCUGUGGAAGUUUUGAACGUGUUCUCAGCACAGCAAGGCUCAGUUUGGUGGAUUCAUGAGUUGUCUGAACAGCAUAUGUUAUUUAUUUACACAGCAAAAUAAAGUGGCAUACAUGUAGAAAAAGCCACACACACACAGUCUUUGUACAUACACACACGAACAAGCUCACUCAGAUUGUAAAACGACUGAGCCAUUGUGUCUGCAUUGUUUUGUCGCACAUGCACGCACGAUGCUAACGGCAAUCAGUUUGCUUUGAGUUUCUCUUCUUCUGAGCACUGAUUUAAGCAUGUUAAGACCUUUUUGAAUAGUACAUUUUCACUUGAAGCAGCAAAGUUACAAGAACAUUUGCCUCAGAGUUCAUCUGCGCCGAAAUAUUUCAAUCUUAUAUUGUGAGACAUUGAGGCUUGACCUGGAGGAAUCGUACCAGCAGAAACCAAUAUUUUUGAACAUGGAGUCGGCCCAUACGCACUUAUUUUCAUUAUGAACAAUAUGCUUACUUUUCAUAACAAAACUUGUAAUGCUGCUGUACUGAAUGUUUUUGCUAGUGAAUACACUGUAUUGUACAAUGCUUUGCAUUGACUGUCAUCACAGACGGCUGUUCGCAGCUGAUGUAGUCUGAUGUAGUGGAACAAUCCCGGUAGUUGCUUGUCCUGUUCAUUUUCUUUUUUUUUUUUGUCAUUUAACUUAACUGUUCCAGUAWAUGUACAUUUUUCAAACAAUGUAAUAAUUACCAUUAAAGUGCAUUUGCUAAAUAAAAUGUUGAAUGAACUGAAAUAAAGAGCUCACAUUCCAAACUGUU